GUCAGCUUCAGCUGUUGACUUCUCUUGGUGCGCGCUGUUGUAGAAGCGGUGCUUGUGUUUUCGUAUUGAAACAGACGCAACGAUGGCGGCACCGAAGAAGCCAAUGGAGGAAUUCGAGGAAGAAUUUAUCAAGUUGGAAAUUGAAGAAAUCGCAGCAAAGUACAAAUUUCACGAAAGUUUGCGUGGCAAAUGGAUGAUGUUCUUCGAGAACGAAUCUAUGAACGACAUGUGGGCGAAGGCUGUAGAGCUCUACAGCGCUGGAGAGCUGCCAGGCGUCAUCUCUAUCAAGGCGUCGACCGCCGCUCAUUGCGCCCGCUCUAGUGACCCCUCCUGCGGAGCAAUACGCUUCAAGUGCGGGCCUCUCACUGACCGCGAACUAGUUCUUCAGUACGGGCAGCAGCUGGUCAAGAAAAUGCAAUAUUGUGAUACUUUGGGAUUCGUGGCAUACAAAACUGAUGGUCAGUCGAGGAUCGGUACCAAAGCAACAGGAACGAAAAAGAACUAUUUGUACCGUUUACCAGUGCCGACGUACGCUUAUCUCCAACAAAGAUCGGGUAUGUCCUCGGAACUCCCCACAGAAUUGCCGUGCCUGACGUCGCAUAGUGAGUGGCUUAGUGAUGUGGUGGGGGAUUACAUCCAAGAUCCUGCAGAUCUUAGUGAUUAUGCGAGAUGGACGAUGCAGUUCCCUAAAAAGCUACUCCACGGCUUAGCAUGGGUCAGAGCCUGCCGCCUCUACCGAGGCGGUGAGCUGGUAGACGUUGCAUUCAUGCGAGCGUCGACAGACAAAGCCAAACCGGGCAAGGAGAAAAUUAAAGGUGGCAUCAUUAGUUUUUUCUGCCGUGACAACCUUCCGUUGACGAGACUGCAGCUCUGCGGAGAAAAUCUUGUGGAAAAAUUAAAGUACUUUCACAUUAGUAGAGAACUCAAAUGCGUUUCUUACAAGAGUGCCUCAAAUAAACCAGAAUAUAUAGAAUUGUGCCGAGUUCCCACCCUUGAAUCUCACCGUCGUGCUUAAAUAAGGCGAGCUUCUCCGGGUUCUCAGUCUUCGCCACUUGAAUGCCUUCACUCCUGAUCAUCUUUAGUAAAACUAAAUCUUUCUCCUUCAAUAGAAAUCCUAAAAUGCUAUUCUCUUGAACUAUUACUCAGGGACUGCACGUUUCUUGUCUCAUAAUUUGAACCAUUAGUUUUUACAGAUUAAAUUGAACAUUGAACAAUAGACACUUUUUGGCGUCUUUAAAGCUGUAGCAACGGCUGCUAAAUGUGCUCAUAGCUCUGUAUUUUCAAGUGCCUCGCUCAUUACCGAGGCGUUAUGAUGAUUUUGUUUAGACCAGUGGUUCCCAAACUUUUACAGGCUGGCGCCCCCUUAGCUUCCCUGUGAAUUCCCUGCACCCCACCCAUAGACACAUAUGGAAACAUUCAUUCAUUUCUUUCUUGAUAUUUUGUAUGCUGCA